GCCUUAUACGAGGGGAGCUCCCACCCGCCAAACGCCCCCUCACAAGCCAACAGUGGUGCCCCCGCAUAAAUCCAUCCGCGCCCUCUUCCGUCUGACCCCCGCUGCAACCGACGCUCAAGCACUCUGCACACUUGGCUGACCUUGUUUGUUUGGCUGCCAACGCGUCCCUCCACAACGCGUCCUACCCGUGUCCAUCGAGUCCCCACUUUGUUUCUACAUCGUUUCACGUGUCCGUGACGUGUCCAAUGCUCAUCUGAUCCUAUCUCUUCCAUUCCAGAUGCCAAAGGAAGCGAAACCAAAGCGCAAGGCUGCCGAAAAGGGCGAGGCCAAAGCAAAGGGCUCCAAGUCCAAGGCCAAGGGGGGCCCUAAGCGGGCUCUCUCCGCAUACAUGUUCUUCAGUCAAGACUGGAGAGAACGAAUCAAGACUGAGAACCCCGACGCCGGCUUCGGUGAGGUCGGCAAGCUCCUCGGUGCCAAAUGGAAAGAACUAAGCGACGAUGAGAGGAAGCCUUACGUUGAGAUGGCUGCCAAAGACAAGGCACGGGCCGAGGAAGAAAAGGCAUCGUUGGCUACCGGCGGCAAAUCUGGCAAAGAGAGCUGUGGUGAGGACGUAGGGGACGAAGACGACGAGUAAUCACACCAUCAAGUUAUUUUGGUGUACGACAUGCUUUCCCCUUUCCAGACGCUCCUGGUGUUUGUAUGUCCACCCCCCACUUACCCUACCUGUUCUAUGCGAGGCGUGUGACGAUCGAAGCUCCUCGUCGGCUGGACGUUAUUCUGUGCUCCCUCCCCUCUCUCUCUCUAUCCCCCUUUUUUUCCCUUAU